AUGCGCAAGGAAUGGACCGCGCUGUGCUCGGAAGAAAAGAAGCAGUACAUCGACGCGGUCUUAUGUAUGACACGUCUGCCGUCUAUCAGUGGCGAUCUUGCCCCGGGAGCCAUAACCCGUUAUGAUGAUUUCGUGGCCACACACAUAAAUCAGACGUUGCAUAUACACGGUACUGGAAACUUUCUACACUGGCAUCGAUACUUCACCUGGACGUGGGAGAAAGCUCUAAGAGAAGAGUGCGGUUAUCCGGGUUACCAGCCGUACAUCAACUGGGGCCGGUACGCUCUAGACCUACGCAAUGCUCCCAUCUUCGACGGCAGUGACCUGUCCAUUGGUGGUGAUGGAGCUUUUGUCAACCGUUCGGCAAUCAACGUCCCAAGUGAUGCGACCCCGUUCAUCCGCAUUCCUGCAGGCAAAGGAGGAGGCUGCAUAACGACCGGGCCUUUCAGGAACAUGUCUGUGAAUCUAGGGCCGGCAGCUCCAGUGCUCAAGAACAUCACAGCGAAUCCUCAGAUGAAUGGGUUGGGGUAUAACCCUCGGUGUCUGAAGAGAGACAUAAGCCAGUAUGCAGCAAAGAAUUGGGUCCAAGAUCAGAAUGUGACGGAUCUUAUAACGCAAAGCCCAAACAUCAGCGCCUUUCAGACAACAAUGCAGGGCAAUUUCCCUGCUGGAUUCCUAGGAGUUCACACAGGCGGGCACUUCUUCGUCGGCGGCGACCCAGGCGGUGACCUAUUCGCCUCGCCCGGUGACCCUUACUUUUGGUUACAGCACUCCCAGGUUGACAGGAUCUGGUGGAUCUGGCAAAACCAAGACCCCGCGAAUAGGUAUCACGUAAUAGGUGAUACUAUCACAGUGAACAAUUCCCCGCCAAGCCGAAACGCUACUCUGGAGGACAUCAUCGAUCUCGGUGUGAAUGCACCUGAGAGCAUCAAACUAGCAGAUCUGGUGGACACGCAAGCUGGACCGUUUUGCUACAGCUACCAAUAG